AUGUCAUCUUCUGGCAAAGACAACAGCGCACACUAUAUGAACUAUGUGGGACCUUAUCGUUUGGAAAAGACCCUCGGCAAAGGACAGACAGGCCUGGUGAAGCUGGGAAUCCACUGUGUCACGUGUCAGAAAGUGGCCAUCAAGAUCGUCAACAGAGAGAAACUCAGCGAGUCUGUCCUCAUGAAGGUGGAGCGAGAGAUAGCCAUUCUGAAACUCAUAGAGCACCCUCACGUUUUAAAGUUGCACGACGUCUACGAAAACAAGAAAUAUUUGUAUCUGGUGCUAGAGCACGUGUCAGGCGGAGAGCUGUUUGACUACCUGGUCAAGAAGGGACGGUUAACGCCCAAGGAGGCCAGGAAGUUCUUCAGACAGAUCAUCUCAGCUCUGGACUUCUGCCACAGUCACUCCAUAUGUCACAGAGAUCUGAAGCCAGAGAACCUGUUGUUAGAUGAGAAGAACAACAUCAGGAUAGCAGACUUUGGCAUGGCGUCUCUGCAGGUCGGGGAUAGUCUGCUGGAGACCAGCUGCGGAUCUCCUCACUAUGCCUGCCCUGAGGUCAUAAGGGGGGAGAAGUACGACGGGAGGAAAGCAGACGUGUGGAGCUGUGGGGUCAUCCUCUUUGCACUUUUAGUGGGUGCCCUGCCAUUUGACGAUGACAACCUGAGAAACCUGCUGGAGAAGGUGAAAUUGGGUGUUUUCCACAUGCCCCACUUCAUCCCCCCAGACUGUCAGAACCUUCUUCGGGGCAUGAUCGAGGUGGAUGCCACUAAGAGACUCACGUUAGAGCAGAUCCAGAAGCACAACUGGUACAUAGCCGGGAAGAACGAGCCAGAGCCGGAGCAGCCUGUCCCCAGGAAGGUGGCCAUCAGAACCCUGAGCACUGAAGAGAUAGACCCGGACGUCCUGGAGAGCAUGCACUCUCUGGGUUGCUUCAGAGACAAGGGCAAACUCACCAAAGACCUGCUCUCUGACGAUGAUAACCAGGAGAAGAUGAUCUACUUCCUGCUGCUGGACCGGAAGGAGAGGUACCCCAGUCAGGAGGACCAGAACCUCCCCCCGCGCAGUGAGAUAGCUGACCCGCCCAGGAAGCGGGUGGACUCCCCCAUGUUGAACCGCCAUGGGAAGAGGAGGCCGGAGAGGAAGUCUAUGGAGGUGCUGAGUGUCACAGAGGGGGGCUCUCCUGUACCCGUACGACGAGCCAUCGACAUGGCAACACAUGGGCAGAGUAAGUCUGUUUUCAGUAAAAGCUUGGAUAUCACAAACGCUAACUUCACCAAAGAAGAAAGGUCACGGUCUAUCAGUGGAGCGUCCUCCGGUCUCUCCACUAGUCCUCUCAGCAGUCCCAGGGUGACUCCGCACCCCUCUCCGCUGGGGAGCCCCCUCCCCACCCCCAAGGGCACUCCGGUGCACACGCCCAAGGAUAGCCCGGCAGGCACCCCCAGCCCCACGCCGCCCCCCAGCCCCUCCAUCGGCGGACUGCCCUGGAGGACGCGUCUCAACUCCAUCAAGAACAGCUUCCUGGGCUCGCCGCGCUUCCAUCGCAGGAAAAUGCAAGUCCCCACCCAGGAGGACAUGUCCAGCCUCACGCCAGACUCUUCACCAGAGCUUGCCAAGAAGUCAUGGUUUGGUAACUUCAUCAACCUGGAGAAAGAGGAGCAGAUCUUUGUGGUGAUCAGAGACAAGCCUCUCAGCUCCAUCAAAGCAGACAUCGUUCACGCCUUCCUCUCUAUCCCCAGUCUGAGCCACAGUGUGAUCAGUCAGACUAGUUUCCGGGCGGAGUAUAAGUCUACUGCCGGGCCUACAGUAUUUCAGAAGCCGGUCAAGUUCCAGGUGGACAUCACCUACACAGAGAGCACCGCCGCCACCAAAGAGAACGGCAUCUAUUCGGUCACCUUCACCCUGCUCUCAGGACCUAGUCGCCGUUUCAAGCGUGUGGUUGAGACCAUUCAGGCUCAGCUGAUGAGCUCACAUGACCAGCCCGGGGUCCAGCAGAUCUCUGGCAGCCCGUUGAGUAACUUCUUUGACGUAAUUAAACAACUUUUUUCAGACGAGAAGAACAGCCAGGCGUCACACAACUCCCCUGGCACGCCCGGCACACCUAGCCCCGCCCCCGCCAAGCAUGCCCCCGGCAGCAGGCGAAACGAGUCAUGUCCCCCGCCCACUCAGCCCCCGCCCACCCAGCCCCAGCCCACCCAGCCCACUGACUCUAAAUGCCCCCCGCCUCCGGGCAAAGACAAACAAACAAAGAUGGCCGCCACCAGCCGGACUGGGGAACAACCUUAA